UGCUUCUGGGCGGGCUCUAAACUAAGGGCAGAACUGGGCGUGUCCUGGACCUCUGCCGCGCAGUAGGAGACCGCACCGGAUGACUGUCGCCUGCCACGCGCCCGGCACAGCAUGGGAAGGCGCUCCUGUUGCCGGCGGCCCUUGCCGGUGGUGGCGAGUCUGGGUGCUGCGCUCCUGCUCCUGUGUGCCGCGCCGCGUGCCCUGCGUUCCGCAUUUGAACACAAAGCUCUGGGCUCCGGCUGGUUCGGAGGAGUGAGGAAGAGUCCCCUACAGCUGUUGCGUGAUCUGGACCAGGGUCCGCGCUCUGCGAUGGCCGAGGUGCACCAGCAGCGGCGCGAGCUGCUCCGCCGGGCCUGCAGCCGCCACACUCGACGCCAACGCCUGCUGCAGCCCGAGGACCUGCGGCACGUGCUGGUGGACGAUGCGCACCGGCUGCUGUACUGCUACGUGCCAAAGGUGGCCUGCACCAACUGGAAGCGCGUGCUGCUGGCGCUGCGAGGCGGCCGUGGGGACCCGGGCGCCAUCCCUGCGCACGAGGCGCAUGCGCCUGGCCUGCUGCCCUCGCUGGCCGACUUUGCGCCGGCUGAGGUCAACCGGCGGCUGCGCGACUAUCUGACGUUUCUCUUCGUGAGGGAGCCCUUCGAGCGCCUGGCCUCAGCCUACCGCAACAAGUUGGCGCGGCCACACAGCGCGGCCUUCCAGCGGCGCUACGGCACACGCAUCGUGCGUCGCCUACGACCACACGCGCAGCCCGACGCGCUGGCCCGCGGCCACGACGUGCGCUUCGCCGAGUUCCUGGCCUACCUGCUCGACCCGCGCACGCGCCGUCACGAGCCCUUCAAUGAACACUGGGAGCGCGCGUACGCGCUGUGCCAUCCGUGCCUAGUGCGCUAUGACGUGGUGGGCAAGUUCGAGACGCUGGCGGAUGAUGCCGCCUUUGUCCUGGACCUAGUGGGCGAGCCUGGCCUACGCUUCCCUGCCCCGCCGCUGAGACCAAAGAAGGACCUCACACGUGACCAAGCCCGGCGCCUUUUCCAGGACAUCAGCCCCUUCUACCAGCGUCGCCUUUUUGACCUCUAUAAGAUGGACUUUUUGCUCUUCAACUACUCUGCCCCCUCCUACCUGCGGCUACAAUAAGGGUGUUGGGUACAAUAGAGCCUGUGGCUGCUGUGACCAGAAGGCCACCAAGAGGUCUGGAACUAAUCUGGUAGUGUGGAUUGGAGAACCACUGUCAUACCUUAUCCGGUGGGCCUGACCAAAAUCCUGGCCACUGGCCACACUCGCCCCAACUGGGUAGGGCACAGCUUGCUUUAGGUGACCAUACACUUGUCUGGCCAUUUCUGCUGUUAGUUUGAUGCGUGUUUCUUCUUAGGACUCCAGGUUUGUGGUUUUCUGGUUUGGUUGUGAGAGGCCAUUUUUUGGUCUGCACUGUGCAGAACCUGUCCAUGGCCUGGUGCUAUAAGACAGAAUGCCAUAGUUUGUGUGGCCCGAGGUCCAGCUCUGUGUCUUCUCUUAGGCUGGCAAGGGCAGACAUGGCCAGAGAGAAGCUGUGCCCUGGCCAGCUUCAGGGCAAGAGGUAUGGCCACCCUUGUCAGCAGUUACUGCUUAGGAGUUAACAUGAGCUGCCUGCCACCCCAGUAGCCACAGGCUGGUGAGCAGUACCACUCCAUGUCUACCUGGCUGAUCUACCUUUGAUCUCAGCCUUGCAAGAGGCUGGAUCUUCCCCAGUGUCAGCAGAGGCCGGGAUGCAAUAUGGUGGCCGCUUUUUCAGUUUGCUGUCUUUUAAAAAAUAAACUAUGUUUUGUUACAUUUUCA